CGAAGAUACCCGGUUCGCACUACCGGCCAAGGUAGAAAUGUCUAUAAGGUACCUACCGGGAGGAAAGUUCCGGCGUUCCAGUCAUCGAAAGAAAAGCACACCCCGGCUCCGGGCAGAUGGAAUCAGGGUGCAAACAAAUCACAAGCAGAGGCCCGGUGACCGGAUCAAGAGCAACGGUUUUAUCCGAGUCAGCCAGAUCCUUAAGAGUUCCUCAUCGACUGUUGGUCACAUGAGACCCCUACAGGUUUCCGUGCGAUGUGGAGGAUGAAGCAAAGGAAGAGAUGGGGAAGGGGUUUCGAGGACGUAGGGUUGCACUUGCAUUAGAACGACACGAAAGGGGGCGCGAGCUGGAAUUGGACCCACUCUGCAGGGGGGAGGGGAAGAGCGCGGCUCGUAUAGCUGCUGGACAUCGCGAACUUUUGAAUUCGAAUUGAGCUCCAGCACAAUGAAUGUAGGGCAGGUGGGAGGGGCACAGAAUCCUGUGCAAGAGCUGGCUUCGCCUUUAGCAUUGGCCCCGGGGUUGCAAGGUCCGCCUGGCAGUGCCAAGAAAACUAAAACUCCAAAGACUCCAGGAGAACCUAGGAGCAAAUUAAGAACUGAAGGCGGGUAUUUGUCAGUCUAUGACAUUAUCAACUUAGUUCUGGAGAAGGAGCCAGGAUCAGAUGCAAGGGACCGCUUUAAGGGUUACAGAGAUGGAGACAAGAAGCUGCUGGACCUGCCGCGCAUUGCCUUCUCCGGCAAGCAUGAGAGCCCCGCCCUCAGCAAGUGGGACGAGCUGGAGGCGCUGCUCAAGCACGUUCAGGACCCAGCCAAGGUGCUCAAGUUUCGGCUGACAUACAAGAAGGACCUGGAGGCGGUGCUCGGGCCGGAGCCGGCCACCAAUGCCGCCAACCUGGCCGCCUUCGGGCUGCUGCAGGGCAACUACUGCCCGGGGCAGGGAGGCAACCCCGACAGCUACAUUGCGAGCCUGCCCAACCUGGGCGCGUUUCUGGCGUUCAAGCGGAGCCUGGAGUACGAGACGGUGACGGUGUACAGCGCGUGGAUGACCAGCCGCCGCUCCGAGUUCCUGUACGUCAAGUACCGCUGUAAUCCAAAGCUCAAGGUCAAGUGCGCCGCGCGCAUCAUCGCCAGGAUCCCGUACGCGGAGGCAUCGGAGCGGCCGCCCCCGCCGAAGCAGGCCAUUGCGGCACCCAAGGAGGAGGUGCCUGCUGUCAUCAACGUCAAUGAGCUGAGCCUGGAGCGCGGGCCCAUCACGGUGGAGCUGGAGGUGGGCCACGAGGGCCAUGUGCCGGGCAGCGCGGCGGACGUGGAGGCGCUGCCGGUGGACGACCGCGUGAGCGACCGCCUCAAGGAGCUGGCCAAGGAGGGCCACGACUGGAAGAGCAUCCAGCAGCAGCUGCACGCGCUGGGGGGGGCCAUCGUACAGCAGGAGGCGGCGCACGACGCAGCGCAGAAUGCGAAGCGCUUCUUUCCGGACGAGAAGACCAUCAAGGCGCAAUUGGUCGUGGAGGGUCGCAAGCAGCGCGAUGAAAUCUCCAAGGCGGCGCAGCACUGGAGCAAGUUCCGCGCGCACCUGUCGCUGCUGCACGCGUGGUCGGUGCUGGCGCCCAAGGAGACAGCGCGCACCGCACUGGCGCGCGUGGAGGACAUCGUGGCGUUCCUGCAGCCGCACCUGGAGAACGUGCAGGGGGCGCCGCUGCAGGGGCAGGACAGCCUCGCGCCGGGCCUGGUGCACGAGCCGCAGGCCAAGCCCAAGAAGCGCAAGGGCGACGGGGACGCCGGGGGGGGGGCAAAGAAGCGGGGGCGCAAGAAGAAGGAAGAGGAGGUCAAGAUUGACGUCAACACGCUCCCACACAUGCACGAUGACGUGCAGAUCAGUGAAGCACAAAGUAACCAAUGGGUCUAGCGAGCACUAACGGCUCCAAGGUAGCUGCUUUGUUGUAUGUACGGUUUUUUCUAGUCCCUAAAGCUUGAACGAAGCACGUUUGGUAAGGUUAUAUCAUGUAACAAAGUUAUAUAUCCCUGGAGUAGCCAAUUAAGUUCUGAUGCAAGUGGUAGUAGUACGAUGACAUUUGAUCCGAAAUCCCGGUUGCCUGUGACGUCGAAAUGGCAGUGAUACUUGUGGCUCACCAUAGCGCCAGAUUAGGCCACAUGCACAAGUCGCGUAGAGGUGCAUUAUAAAUAUAAGUCAGGGCGGCCACAAUUAUAGUCCUAGUGGUCGAAUGCUUCUCAGCCCCCAUGGUAUCUCAGGUGCGCCGGUUAGCAUGCCAUGCGCUCGAGUUCGGUCUAAAACCUGUGAUUGAGAGGGACGGGCUCAGAUCAAGCAGACUAACAAUAAGGCAUGAGGG